AUACACCGAAAAAAAAAAUCAAUGGCACAAACUAUAAUUCAACGUUGUUGUGUCGCGGGAUAAUGUCAGGCGUGAUAUGAUUCGAAUUUGUCGCAAACUCACUUUGAGAUUUUGGACCCAAAACGUUGAGUAAUUGGGGACACAAACAACAUGUAACCCUAUCCUAUAUAAGUGGAGGAAAUUAUAGAGAAAAGAAUACUCUCUUUUCUACAAAAUUAGUGAGGGAGAGUGUGUGCAAUAUUAUGGAAGGAGAAAUCAACAACUUGAUUCUAGUUUGGAGCAUUGUAGUAGCCUCUCUUUGCUACACCCACAAAGUAGCCCAAAUCUUCCCCACCGGAAAUCCAAGAAUCAUCGCAAUCUUCCCAAUCAUAAUCCUCUUCCUCCUCCUCCCUCUCAACUUCACCUCCAUUCACUUCUCCGGCAUCACCUCCUUCUUCAUCUCAUGGCUCUCCACCUUCAAACUCCUCCUCCUCACCUUCAACCAAGGCCCCCUCUCCUCCCACCCCCCAAUCCCCUUAUCCCUCUUCCUCCCCUUAGCUUGCUUCCCCAUCAAAAUCCAACAAUCCCCCAAAAAACCCCACAAAUCACCCCUAAACCCCGUCGUUAAAGUAACAAUACUAGCCCUUCUCAUACGCGUAUACGCCUACAAAUCCCACAUCCACCCCCACAUCAUCAUGCUAUGCUACGCCCUCCACAUGUACCUCAUGCUAGAGAUGAUCCUCUCCCUCUUCGCCGCGGCCGUGAAAGCCCUAGCCCGGGUCGAGCUCGAGCCCCACUUCAACGAGCCCUACCUCGCCACCUCGCUCCAAGACUUCUGGGGGAGGCGGUGGAACUUGAUGGUGUCCAACAUUUUGCACCCCACGGUCUACCGCCCCGUGAGGGCCGCCUCAGCCCGGCUCGGGCUAGGCAGAUGGGCCGCGAUACCCGCGGUUUUGGCCACGUUCUUGGUGUCCGGGCUAAUGCAUGAGCUGAUUUUUUACAACAUUGGGAGAAUGAGGCCGAGUGGGGAGAUGAUUGGGUUCUUUCUUCUACACGGGGUGUCUUUAUCUCUGGAGAUUGUGGUGAAGAAGAUGUGUGAGGGGAGAUUGAGGCUGCCGAGGGCUGUGGCGGGGGUGUUGACGUUGGGGUAUGUGAUUUACACGAGUUUUUGGCUGUUUUUUCCGCCGUUUUUGAGGGCGAAAUCGGAUCUUAGGAGCUGUCGGGAGUCGCUUGCGUUCAUGGAGUUUGUUAGGAAUCGUCGGCUCGUUGAGCCGAGUGAGGUGUGCAAACAGUUACAAGCGGCUUAAUUGUGAGUUUGGCAGGAAUCAUCGGUGAUAUUUCUUGUCCUUCUCUUGAUAUUUCGAGGUUGUGAUCAUUUUGAUAAAUGAUGAAAAUAUGAUAAUGAUGGCAUUAUGUAUGUGUUUCAGAAUAUCUUAUCUCUUGUCCCAUUUUAUUCUUGGUUGAACACAAUGGCUAUUCAUGAAUAGUAGGCUAGUUGCUAGUCCGUCAAAAUCCACCAUAAAUUUUAUAAUAUCAUACUUAUAUUUAUUAUUUUAAAAUAACAAUAUCGAAAAUGUCUCAUCCUUUAAGACUUUACUAAAAAAUGUUCCAUAAUUUAGUUAAUUAUAUUUAGUACCCACCAUCUUAAUUAUAUUUUCUUAUUAUUCCGUCCUUACGAAGCAUGAACUUUCUAACUUUGAAAUAUGUAUGAAUACAUCCAUAUAUAUAUAUCAUUUCCUUUUUGUAUCUUGUGUUCUUUGU